GAAAACAGCAAGCGGGCUUCAGAGUCACAGAGCAACACGUCUGGCUCCGACUUCGGACGACUUCACUGAGGUGGCAUGGACUUCAAAGUCUGGAUACAUCGUCUUGUGGUGCUCUUUACAUUGUGGGACAGAAGAGUUGAAGCAGGAUGCGACGUGGUCAUCACUCCCUCCAGCAUCUUUGUGAAAUCCGGAGACCCGGUGCGUGUCACCUGCAGCACAAACCGCAAAGACUUCAAGGCUAUCGGCUGGAAUGCGCCGGUGUCGCCUGUGAUGAAAGACAAAGGUGGGAAAGCCAUUUGGAGUGUGGAUAAUCUUACCAUCAGGGAUGCCGAGGUCAGGUGCUUCUUAAACUUGAGUGCACCGCCCUAUCAUUGUGAAAAGAAGCUCCAUCUCUUUGUAUACAAUUUGCCAGAACCCACCCUUGAAUUGGAAAGAGGAAUACAUGUGAAUGACACCGUGAACGUGACCUGCAGCGUGAAGGGUCAGCACCCAACCAACACCACCCAACGGCUGCUCAUCCCUGGCCUCAAACUAAAUUUGAGUAGCGUGAAUGGAAAGCCCGUAAUCAGCAAUUUCAAAGCACGGAAAGAGCACAACGGGCUGAAGGUCAUCUGUGAGACUCACCUGCACUUACCCACCGCAACGUACCGGAGGAACAGCAGUGUCACCCUCAAUGUGUCAUUCCCCCCAGUUAUAAGCCCUCGUCUCCCCGUAAAGCCACUCAUCACCGCUGGAUGGAGUUUGGAAAGCCAGUUGACAUGUGCAGCUGAUGGAAACCCCCGGCCAAAUAUCCGCUGGUUCAAAGAUGAUAAAGUAGUGGAACCUUCCAAAGUAAUGGACUGGGGCGAUGAAGGCUUAUAUGAAUGUGUGGCCGAGAACACGCAUGGGAGAACACGACGGAGUGUGGCGAUCGUCAUCACCCACGAUUACCUUCCACGGAUUGCCGGGACUUCGGCUGUGAUCCUUGUCUUUGUCCUCAUCAUAGUCAUCAUCUUUUAUGUGAUCUACUACACCAAAAACAAAACGGGCCAAUACAGAAUCGAAGACCGAAAAAUCAUGUUUACCAAACAAGGAGUGGGCCUCAACGGGGGCACGGACCACAUUGUCUUCACGCCACUAAUCACUCUUUGAGAAAACUUCUAGGGAGGGCAUUCCUGUCCCAACCAAAGAAACAAUAGGAGGAGACCCCCCCACCCCGAGUGUGUGUUUUCCGGUGGGAGUAGAAGAGUAUUGUGUGGCCACAACUGUUUAGGAAAGCAGAAAAUAAAAGGUAACCAAUGAGGCCACAUCCUGCUGUGGUGGGGGGGCAUUUUGACCAGUCCUCCGAGGAGCUUCAACUCCAUUAGCUUUACUAACAAACGAGACUUUUCAAUCAAGCUUAUCCAUCAGCCGACUGUACUGAUUGUCUUCAAAUGUACUACUGCAUUUUUUAUUAUCGUUCCUUGGUGGGCUUUUCUAGGACCCCAGUCUGUAUUUUAAACAGCACCAUUAUAUGCACUGUAACAGGACCUUAGUGAAUGACGGGUCCUCGCGAUCAGGAGUCCGAAUGGUCACCUGGGGAGUGGGAGCUCUCCUUGGGGUCACUUGGCUCAGACUGCUGUUCUUCCUCAUUCGUUCAGUGGGUCUUAAGUCCCAGAGCUGUAGCUUCUUUCAGUGAAGACGCACAUCUUUGAGAGUUUUCAUGCAAAGAACCGUAAACGCGUGAAAUAAAUGACCAAGUAGUGUGGAAGAGAGUAGAACUUCAGGGACCUUCAGAUCUCAACUUGAUGCUAUUUUGGAGAAUCCGGGUGAAUAGGAUGGACAAGCUUGUUGGGCUGAAUGGCUUGUUCUUGUCACAAGUGUCCAAAUGACCUAAUGUUCUAAUAUGAGCAGAACAACCACUAGAGGAGACCACCUUCUAGACCAAAGUGAUUCCAGGACAGUAAUGAUUAACAGGUAGGGCUUUAAAGGAGGGGUCAACAUGGCUGGAAGCACAGGUAUUUGUCACCUACUAGGCCUGCACCGAGUCAUCAGCGGGGAACCGACCUUCCCUGAUGUUUUACCCUUUAUGACUUGAGAACAUCUCAGGAUGGUGAGUCCAUAGUAGGUGACGUCUCCCUACCACUCCCUACAACCGAGCCUAAGAUCCUUGCUCUCCCCAUUUUCAUCACUUCUUCGAAGAUGACUGCAGAAACUCCCUUGCAAUUCUUUAAACUUUUUUGUUGGCCUUGAACCAGUAACUUUAUUGAGUGGAGACUCCAUUGCGACCUCUGCAACCGACUUCUACUGGGUAGCUUGCUGUCUUCCACCCUGCUUCUAUGCACGCCUCUGCCAACUCCUUGUAUGUCUCCCUAUUCCUCUCAAAGGCUGCCUCCGUUCCUUCCUCCCAAUGGGAUGAUGAGCUUGGCCAUGAAUCACCGUCCUGAAAAACAUAGACCCCAGGGUGAUGUCUGCUUGGAGGGGAGUUGUAGUCGAUUUCAAGUGGAAACUUCAACUGCUGGUCCAGGUCAGCUCUCAGGUUGCACUCUCUUUCAGGUGUCGGUUGUGGCCACUGCCUGUGGGUGAUGUUCUUUGCCCCUUCACCUUACCUGUCUAAAGUGCAUCAACCGUUGUGAUGUGAUGUGUUACAAAACAAAGACAAUGAGGUCCAAUCCACUAAGGUAGCCCCCCAACUAGCACCUGCAACCCACGUGUCUCACCUUCCAGAUCUUUCUCUCACACUGGCCCCCUCUUCCUCUUUUUCCACUCUGCCAAGUCAGCAUUUGUCACUACUGUACUUUCAACUCAGGACCCCUUGGAGUGAAGCUGCAGUGGCCUACUCAAAGCUACACACAGGAGAACUUCCAGCGUCACAGCCACUCUCUCUAAUGAUCCCAUUUUCCCUUCUGACUAGGUUGCCCAUUAAAGCCCCUAACUGUUAGGCGCCCCUGCAGGAGUUGGAAACUUCAAUGAGUUAUUCAGCUGCUGCUGCUGCUGCUGCUUCCUUUUCUGGAUGGCUGACAACUGCUUUAUUUAAGAAUGGGCACACCGCCCCCUAGAGGCAGAGUGUGGUGGUCUGUUAAUGUAAAUGCACUGACUGACUGUGAGCUGCUUUUGUUUUUACUGUACUUGUACCGUACGUAACCUAACUUCACUGGAAAAAAAAUCUCCAUCCUUCCGUAUUGAGGUGAGUUCAGAAAAAUCGAAUGUCAAUUCAUGAGUAUGUCUCAUGUGUCUGUGUGUGUUUUAUAAUAAAACUUUGAAAUGCAAUCACUAUA